AUGAACAACGCCCUCCUCCAUCCACCAAGGGCAUCGACGGACCACCUCCGCCUGGAGAGCUUUAAAACACUCUCACGUCUCCAGCUCAUCUUCGAGUUCAGGCCAUGGCUGGAGUACUCGCGAGAAUACACGCGCCGGCGCGUCAACUCACCGUAUUUCCUCCUCUGGGAUUGUAUCUGCUUCGGCGCUCCGCUGAAUACCCUCCUUGAACUUAUCGGAUCACCGACCCCUCGCCAUCUUGCCGUUACAGCUGACGACUUCGAUUUUGGCCUACCGAUCGCCGAACGCUUGCCUUUUUUUCACAGCUUCAUUCACAGAGUUCAGCUCCUUGAAUCACAAGAGAAAUUGUCCUAUGGGGAAGUGUUGAAAGUGGAGGAUUUUACAGCAGGUUUGAACGCGGGUUUCUUGAGGGUUCUGAACACGAUUAACCGCGUUUUGAACGCACUCUACGAGUCUUAUCCUGGUAUUUUUGCUCUACCUCAUGGGUCAGCCGCAAGACGAGCAAGUCUGAUGCAACAACUAAUUGAUUCAGAACGCGCGCACACAUCCAGACUCACAGUUACAGCAGACUCUGCUGCCAAAUUAUACGAAGACCCAGCAGCCGCUCAUCCCACCUUGGAAGGCUUCAUCAUUAACUGCUCGCGACUAAUACCGUACCACGAUCAUGUCUUGAAGAUCUUAGGCGAGUCUCUCUCGUCAUGCGGGCAGGAAGAUUGGAAUUAUAUUUUUUCUUGCCAUGAUAAGAUUUUCUUAACGAGAAUGAAGAUUUCCUAUCGAUCCAUUUGCGCAAAUUAUUUAACCUUUCACACUUUCCUCAAGACCAUGACCAUUGCACAACAGUCAAGAGCGUUCGCCAGUGACAUUUUACAGAAUUUAUCGACAAUCCUUUCACGUUUCUCUGAAUAUCAAGAUUACCUUCAUGCUAUCCUCAGUGCCACGCCUCCAAAGAGUCGUAGCUCAUACGACGCUCUUUGCACAGUUGCCCUUGAAACAAGUGAUAUUCGCGGCUCGCUGACUGAAGUUGGCCAUGAGUUGCGGACGAUGGCCAGCUUCCAGCUCCUAUGUCCCAGAUUUGUCCCAGAAUACAACCCGCUCGACAAAGAGCCACCUAUGGGCACUUUGUUGCUCGAUGAUUGCCUCAUUAUUGACCCUGAUUCGGGCCAGUACUACUCAGUCUUCCUUUUCGAGACGACAUUACUCUGUUGUGCAGACCACCGACGGAGUGAUGCAAGCUCAUUUAGCGGGAUGCGAUACCCGAUUCGCCCUUGGGAGAUAGGGCCGGCCCUUUCGCAGGAAUAUCAGCUUCAUACCGUCAUGUCGAUUCCGACAAAAAGUCUGAAAGCGUUACAUUGCAUCGACGAAGGUUACUUUCAGAUUACCUGGGGCAACGACUCUGAAUGCUGUAUAACCUUCUAUCCUCUCAUGCCCAAGCAAUAUUCCCAGUGGAUCGCGGUCCUGGAGCCAUUCGUCUCACACGUUACUCAUUCCACUUCCGUACCACACUAUCUAGAAGAACCCGACGGCACGAGUGUUUGCUCAGGCGUGUCUCUCGUCCCAACAUAUGAGGAGGACAAGUUCGACCUAACUCGACGCCGCUCGUCUGCUCGUCCAUGGAGCCUCAUCGGACGGAAAGGGUUCAAAUCGGAGACGUCGUCGCUUGUGGGAGUCGAAAUUGAGGUCAAGGACAGGGAGGACGCGUCCAUCCUCAGCCCGAACAUGCUGCCCGACCUUUUCCGCCCUGAGCUUCCAAGGAGUCCACUCCAUAUCAGCUUUGUGCCGGACGAAGCCGUACCACCUUUGCAGCUAAUGAUGGAGUCACCGGAAGAGUAUUCGCCGCCGGAAUCCAUUAUGUCUGAUGAUAGUCUGCCUGAUCUUACAGGCCAAAUUGUGAAAAUCGAGAGCUUCGCUACAGCUCAUGGUGGAUACUCGGACGUCUGGAGGGCGAUGUGGAACAAAGAAGGCGGGGCGGAAACUCGGGUGGCUGUCAAGGUCCUCAGAACAACAGCUUACGAUAUGGACAUGAGGGAGAAGCUUAUCGAGAGGUUGAACCAUGAAAUGCGGAUAUGGAAAAGUCUUUCACACCCACAUGUCCUAAAACUUUAUGGAACGGUUUCCGAUUUUGGUCCUUACACGUCUAUGGUCUGCCCAUGGCAUCGUUACGGGAACAUCACGAAGUACUUGGAGAGGUCGGGCGAUAUCAUCAGCAUGGAAGACCGUUUGAAGAUGAUAUCUGAAAUUGCGGACGGACUAGCCUAUCUGCACUCAUGUGCAAUCGUCCACGGCGAUCUCACCGGGUCCAACAUUCUGCUCGAUGAUGACCUACAUGUUCAGCUCUGUGACUUUGGGUUAUCAUCACUUCUUCUGGAAGGCUGUCAGGAAGAUAGUGAAUCUGUUCUAUCAGCCUACACAUCCCACCUCGGUGGUUCUGUUCGCUGGGCAGAUUCGUACCUCUUCCGCUCCUUCGAAGAUGACACGGUACCGGUUAUAGGAACUUCGAGUGAUGUUUAUUCUUUUGGAAGCGUAAUGCUCGAGGUUUUGUCUGGGAGGAUGCCCUAUCACUACUUGCGGACUGAUCACCAGGUUGUUAUUCAACUUCACCAAGGCAUAAAGCCUCGGCGACCUGCGACGAGCUUCGUGAACGAUAGCCAAUGGGACCUCAUCCAGCAAUGUUGGAAAGAGCCUCCAGAAAGAAGACCAUCCGCCGAAGAACUGCGACAGUCCACAAGGAGCCUGCUGGACCCCGCUGUACAACAGGUUUUGCGAAAAUCAGCGUGA